UCUGAGGCUCAGGAGGAGAGCGAGCUAUGUGCAUAUGCAGAUGAAGUUCAGCUCAUGUCCUCUCAGUGAACAAGCAACAAUUACAGUACCGAAAGAGAAAGGAAGCAGCAGUUCAACAACUGCACAAAGUAACCUUUAAACCGCAGCAGAAAGCUGCUGAGCUCUCUGGGACCCGCUCUGUACUAUGCCGAGACUUUUUUAAAUGCAGUUUAGCUAGUAAACAUUCUGGUUUGAGAAAAAAGAGACACUACGUCUCUUUUGUGAAGUGGCCUAGAAAUAGAUGCAUGCAUACAUUUUAAUUUAAACAUACCCUCGAGCUAAGAUGACAAAGUAGCUCUGCUCCAAAAGUCAUUUGUGGCUUGUUGCAUUAUCUCGCUUUAGAUGAGCUCUGUAUUGUGUGUCAGAGCGCAAUCUGCAACGCAGUGAACUCUGCUUUUAGACAGCCUGUCACUUCUGUGCAACUUCUCAGCGGUUACAUUUGUGCAGCAUCGGGGCGAGUUUAUACAAAAGUUUUUGACCUGUUCUGGACUUGGUUGCUGCUCUUCUUAUUUUCCAAGGCUUACACUUAGCACGGUGAUAAGGCAAAGGGAGGCAAUGGAUUGGAGAUGGACUGGCUUGUUGGUUCUGCUCCCAUUUCAGCUCCUGUACUGUAUCCUUCGGGGUGUCGUUUGCCUGCUGCUGCCGCCCCGACUGCGGGACAUUUCUGGGGACAUUGUGCUCAUCACCGGUGGGGGACGGGGCAUCGGUCGACAUCUGGCCAAGGAGUUCGCAAAGCAAGGCGCAAGGAAGUUGAUUCUUUGGGGGCGAACCGAAAAAUGUCUGAAAGACACAGCAGAGGAGAUCAGAAUGGCUGGAACAGAGUGCCACUACUUUAUUUGUGAUGUUGCAAACCGAGAAGAAGUGUACCAACAGGCCAAAGCUGUCCGUGAAAAGGUGGGUGAUGUCACUAUCCUGGUAAAUAAUGCUGCAGUGGUUCAUGGGAAGAGUCUAAUGAACAGUGAUGAUGAUGCACUUUUGAAGUCACAGCACAUCAACACCAUGGGGCAGUUCUGGACCACCAAGGCCUUCCUGCCACGGAUGCUGGAACUACAGAACGGUCACAUAGUGUGCCUGAACUCCAUCUUGGCCUUGUCGGCGAUCCCAGGUGCAAUUGACUACUGCACUUCGAAAGCAUCUUCUUUUGCUUUUAUGGAAAGUCUGACCUUGGGGCUGCUGGACUGUCCUGGAGUCAGUGCUACAACAGUAUUGCCCUUUCAUACCAGCACUGAGAUGUUCCAGGGCAUGAGAGUGAGGUUCCCAAGUCUCUUUCCUCCUCUGAAACCAGAGACAGUGGCACGUAAAACAGUAGAGGCAGUUCGCUCAAACCAAGCACUUCUCCUCCUGCCUUGGACAAUGCAUAUACUGGUGGUCUUGAAAAGCAUCCUUCCUCUGGCAGCGCUUCAGGAAAUCCACAAAUUUUCUGGUACUUACACAUGCAUGAACACAUUCAAAGGGCGGACAUAGAACUAAAGGUUUGGACUCUUUUCUUGUGAAGAGAACCUAUGAAAAAAUAAAUCAGAGGAGACUGUGAUUACUGCCUGCUCUGCAAAGCACAUUGUGGCUAGAUGGCCAAGAAUCUUAUAGGGGCACAGUACUACCAGACCAUACUGAUGGCACUGAAGCGGUGUUGUGGGACAAAUCUGAGCCCCUAACUGUUGGUGACUGUUGGAGAAACGGAAAUAUGUUUUAUUUGCAAAACUAAAACCUCUGUGUAGAUUUGGAAACUCACCAGAAAAUUUCUAAACAAACCUAAUAAUACUUCUGCUGCAGUAAACAAAUAUAAGUAUUUUUAAUUUGUGCUGUGCUAGGGAAUGCAUUUCUCUCAUUGACUGGAACUGUUUUUCACCAGUACUGAUAAUCCAUUUAGGAGAAUGUCAUUACUUUUCAGACAACAUAAUAUUACUAAACACUUUUCUGUUGGUAACUGGAACAGUUUCUCCUUUCAGCAUGCAUACAAGACAAUAAAUGUAAAAUAUAAUGUUUUUAUUAAUGUAAA